UUAAUCGUAUUUGAAAUGGCUUUGAGAGUAGAAUUAUUAAAACGUUUAAAUUCGGAUGAAGAGCCUUUAACCAAACGUUUAAAAUUGGCAGAAAAUACUUUACAUGCCACUGAUAUACCAAUAGUACGUAAAGAUGAUUUCAUUCUACAAUGGCUUUGUAAUACAUAUCCUAUGGAUCAAGAAGUUUGGGACACAUUAAAUAAUUGUUUGAAGAUUAAAUAUUUAGAUAUUAAAAAUGCUGUAAAAAAAAAAUUAAUUGACACACUUAUUGAAACAUUUCAAAAAGAUAUAAAACAUAUACACAAUGGUGUUUUUGAGUGCUGCAGCUUAAUAGCUUCUAAUAAUGAAAUUCAACAAUAUUUUAUUAGUAAACCAGAAAAUUUAGGACUUUUCACAAAGUCCUUAUUAGAAUGUGUAUACAAAAUUUUUAAACAUGCCUUUAGUGUUGAAAAACAGCCAACAGAGGCAAGAAAUAUGUCAUUAAUCGACAAAUGUGAUAGAUUAAUGUUACAGGCAUAUAAUACAACAAUUAAUGUUAUGGAAAAUAUUGUACAAAUUUUUAAAUCUACUUCUACUACAAAAGACAAUUUAAGUACCAUAUUUAUACAUAGCAUUCUUUAUCCUUUGUGUGCUAUAAUUGACCAUAAUUGUACUGAUAGUACAAAUAGACUGGGUAUAAUUUCACAUAUGUGCAUUAAACAAUUAAUACUUGGAAGAAAGCAUGUUCAAAAUAGAGAAUUUUUAAAAGAUAAAGAUAUAAUAAGAUUGAAAAACUUAUUAUCUAUUUUAACAGAAAAUGCAAAGGCAAAAAAUUUUCAAAGUAAUUUGACUACUUUUACUUUUUUCUUUCGUGUUGCAAUAAGUGCUUUUAAAUCAAAUACUGUUGUGUUGGAUAUAAUAUUAAGAGAAUUAGUGGAAUCUUCUGGAAUAUAUAGAAAAGAAAUUUUGAAUUCUCUCUUAAAACAUUUGAAUGAUUUAACAUUUGAUUUUGAUAAUAAAAUACAUGAUGUCGCCCUGUUUGAUUAUUGUCAAAAUAUAGUGAAUGAUAUUUUAAUAUGCAAAAGUAUGAGCAAUACCGAUUAUAACCUUUUGGUACAAUUUUGUUAUUUUAAUCCUCUUAUAAUUGAGAAAAAAAUUCAAGAUAUUCUGAAAAAAGCAUUUAUAGAAAAAUCAACAUUAGAAUAUAAAAAUUUAUUGAUAUCCAUUUUGGAUGCUUCUGUAUAUUUGCGACAAGAGGAGAAAUUAAUUUCCUCAAUACUAAUAGCUUUAAAAGGUAGUCUACACCAGAUAAGAAUUAUAGAAGCUAACACUUUUUUCCCACAUGAAUUUAAAGAAAAAUUAAUGAAUGUAGUAAGUAAUGUUACAAAUUCACAAAGCAUAAUUAUGUUAAGAACAUUGGUAUAUUACUUGAAGACUGAUUGCUUGGAAAUGCUGCACUCUAAUGUCACAUAUAAAAAUAUUUUAAUAUUCCAAGCAAGUGUGGAAUUACUCACUACUCUUUUAGAUGGUAUAUGCAUUUUUGAAUAUAGUGGAGCAUUUGUUUCCUAUAAAAAAUUUAUGAAUACAUUUACUGAUCUAAAAAAUGUUCUAUCACUUCUAAUGGAUAAAAUAUUGUUCUUAAACUAUGAUGAACAAAUUUUUGUAAUAUUAUUAACCGCAAUAUUUUCUUGGAAUCAAGCACAAAGAGCAUUGAAAUAUUAUGUACCAAAAUCUGUUUCUGAAGAUUUGAAAUUACUAAUAUCGGAAAAUCAGUGGCAACAAUUAAUUAAAAAAGUUGCAGACUUUGGAAAUGAGAAUUGUAAAAAUAGUAUGAAUAAACUUAUUUUACAACAAACUACAAUAUUUCAAAAUAUAUCAAGUGAAUCUUCUAUUAUAUUUAAGAAUCUAAUAGGUGGUUUAGAAUAUUGUUGGAGCAAUAUAUUGAAAUUUGAUACAGGAGUAAUAUCAACUUUGAGCAAUGAACAGGUAUCAAAUUUGACAUAUUUAUUGUUAACAGAUAUGACAUCUAAUGUAAAUAAUUUCAAUGAAUGGGUGAAAGUUCUACAUAAAGAUAAUUUACAAGAAAACAAAAGAUUAAUAGUAUUCUUGUUAAGUCAUAUUUUUGCACAAAUUGGACAUUUAGCAACAGGUGUAACAAAAUUGAUUGCUAAACAUUUUAAUGCAAAGUUUUUAGUUGAAACUGAAAUUGUUGAAGAUGAAAACAUAAAUAAGAUAUUAAUAUCUAUAAAGGAAGAACUGUUAGUUAAUAAAUGGAUACAAAUACAGGACACAUUUUUAUGUAAAAUUAAAGUGCAUUUAGAAGUAUUACUUCAUUUACCACUGAUGUUUCUGAGCACUAAUUUAAGUUUAAUAACAUUUAUGUUCAUAUUUGCUCUUCGAAUGGAAACUGACCAAAAUAAUGAAAUUGUCUUUUUAUGCAACACAAUAUUUUUAGAUCUUUUGGAAAGAUCCAGUAUUGAUGUGUUUCAAUACAUAAAUCCUUCUUUGUUAUUACAGCAGUUACCACACAAUAAAAUUAUUCAGAAAACACUUGAAUUAUUUCUUAGAAGUUGUUCUUAUGCAGUUUUGAAAGAACUUAUAAAAUCUUCUGCUGAUUCUAAUAAAAACAUGUUCUUUUUAUUAACAUCUAUGCAAUAUGUUAAAUCAAAGUUAAAUGUUGAUCAAAAGACAAUGAUUAAAAAGGCAGAAAAAAAGUUAAUUAAAAGUAUGGUAACAAAUUUGCCCUCUAAGUUAACAAAGGCAGAAGAUGUAAAAAUAUUAAAUCUGGUACUAAGAAUUAGUAUUACAAAUGAGAACAUUAAUGAAAAAUUAAAAGAUGUAGCAGAGUCAACGAUUCUUAAUAUAUUUGUGGAUGAUAGAAAUGAGAACACUGCAAACGAGUUGUUGGAAGACAGUUUACAACUUGUAGUUGUUAUUUUACAUAAUAAGAAAAUAUUUCAAAUUACGAAUCAAAGUAUGAGAGGAAUAUGGUAUACUUUAUUCAAAUAUCCAUGCAUAGAUGUACUUUUACCGUUAUUAGGGUCAAGCGAACCAAAAGAAUUAUACGAAUUUCUUGAACAAUUACAUAAUCAAUUGAUAAAAACUCUUUUGAAAGUGCAAGAAAAUGAUUUAGAAAAUAUUUGUAUUAUAUGGAACACUAUAUUAAAAACAAACAUGUCCAAUGAUCGCAAUAAAUUACGCUUGACAGCUAUCAAUAAUUUAAUUCAAAUAAUACAAACUGUAAAAGUACCAGAAAAAUUUUGGCCAAAUUUAUUGAAAUUAAUUCAGAACAUUCUUGUUACUAAACAUUUAUAUCUUCCUGAUUAUAUUAUUGAUAUGAGUAUAUUCCUCUGUUUGAAAUCCUUAGAAGGAAAUAUAAUAUUAACUUGUAAUGAUACAUUAAUAUUAUGCAAUAUACUGCUAAAAAUGGAAACAAGUCUAAUUACAGAUAGGAUACCUGCGUUAUUAAUAUUGUACAGACGAAUAUUAAGUGUUGUUGUACAUAAAUCCAAAGAUAUUACUAAUAAAUCCGAAGAGCAUACUAUUAAAUGUUUAAUGUUAGACAUUGAAAAGUUUACAAGUUCCUUAAUAAAAUUAAAAAAAGAUAUGAUACGAAUAAGUCCUUACCUGGUAGCAGAUUUGUUGGAAUUGUUUUCAGAAAAUUUAAUAACAAGUUUUGCUAAGGCUUCUCUACAAAAUUGUAUAAAUCAAAUGAUUAGUAUAUGUGAUCAACAUGGAAUUGCUUUGUUAUCUAGGACAUUACCUGUUUCAAUGCAAGAGAUUUUCAAAACCCAAUUAGAUAUAUACAACAAAUUUUAUAAAUUUUCUGGAAAGAUUUAA